AUGCUCAAUCGUGGACACUUCUUACAGUGUGCUUGGAUCACUGCAGGUCGAAUGUUUCGACUCGUCCAAGGUUUACGUUAUCAUGAGAUUGAUAGCCCAGAUAAAGUGUAUGACUCGAAGGAAGAUUCGACAUGUACGGAAGAAAAGAGAAGAGUAUUCUGGAUGGCCUACUUACUGGAUCAUCUCUUCGUCAUGAGGAAUGACUGGCCUGUGACCUUGAGCGAGCAUAUGAUCUGCACUAAAUUGCCGGUCCCCGAUAGUGACUUUCAGGGAGAUUGUCUCGUCUCAGGCAACUUCAUCUCCCAGGCUAUAACAGACCCAGCCUCCCAAGCCAAUUCACCAUUCAACGACUGUCUUGCAAUAGUAACGCUCUGUGGUCGUGGUCUGCUUCGCAACCGGCACAACAAUAUCUCCAAAGUCUAUGGUGACGAUAAUUCCGACUUAUCUGAGCAUUGGCGCUGGCUGGAGGACGUUCUCUUUUUGAAAGAUCAGAUAAAGUCACGAGGAGAUACAUUCCAUCCGCUAGGGACUUUUGCUCAGAUCCUAGGUCAGGUAGCGGAAAUACUCUUAUGCAAAGGUGUUAUACAGAAAAACAGUAACUAUGGUCAGUGCAUGCUGGAUGACUGCCAUCGACGGAUCUCGAUAGCCACAGAGGAGAUUAUUCGCUUGGCAAGAGGACUAACUUACCUUCACUUCUCUCAAGUUUGUCCCUUGAUGUCUAUGCCACUCUUCGCCGCUGCCGAGUUUCUUUAUGAAUAUCGACACUUGAAGGAUGGUGCCUUUUUACAGCAGCUUCAAGAUCUAGUAGACGUAUUGGGUAAGCUGAGGAAUCAAAGAGUAAAGAAAUUUAUAAGAUAUUACGAUGAAUCUGGAGGAUGGAGUAUAUGGAACCACCUCGAGCUCAACAUUGCCAAGUGGUGA